AUGCGCCAACUGCUCACGCGGUCCGACGCACUCGCCGCUGCUCCUGGCUCUGCAUCCGCCCCCACGUUUCCCUCCUCGGCAUCCGCCCCCACGUUUCCCUCCUCCGCAUCCGGCCCCACGUUUCCCUCCUCUGCAUCCGCCCCCACCCGUGCUUCCCGCAUGAUCCGCCCCCACCCUUUCUUCCCGCCGCAUCCGCCCCCACCCACUCCUUCCGCCACAUACGCCCCCACACGAUCUACUCGCCCUCUUAUCGCCCCCACACUAUCCAUUCCCCCUGCUGCCCCUAUCAGUGUCCCUUCCCCCUUGCUACACGUGUCAUUCUCCUUCCCCCUUUCUCCAGUCUACUCUUGUCAUUCUAAUAUACCCACUGCUACCCCUAUCUUUCACCCUUCCCCCUUGCUUACCCCUGUCACGCACCCUUUCUCCCUUCUCCCUUUGUCUUUCUACCAUCCCCCCUGCUACACUUGUCGUUAUCCCAUCCCCCUGGCCACCUCCAUCAUUCUCCUGUCCCCGCUGCUAUCCCUGCCCCCCACCCCCAUUGAUGCCCUUGUCAUUCUCCCCUCCGGAUUGCUGCCCCUGCUUGCGGCCCCUGGUCAUUCUACCAUCCCCUAUGCUACCCUAGUCAAUCCCCUUCCCCCAUUGAUGCCCUUGCCAUUCUCCCUUGAGCUUGCUGCCCCUAGUCAUUCUACCAACCCCUAUGCUACCCUUGUCAAUCCCCCUCCCCCAUUGAUGCCCUUGUCAUUCUCCCCUCCGGUUGCUGCCCCUAUUCAUUCUACCAUCCCCUAUGCUACCCUAGUCAAUCCCCCUCCCCCAUUGAUGCCCUUGUCAUUCUCCCUUGAGCUUGCUGCCCCUAGUCAUUCUACCAUCCCCUAUGCUACCCUAGUCAAUCCCCCUCCCCCAUUGAUGCCCUUGUCAUUCUCCCUUGAGCUUGCUGCCCCUGGUCAUUCUACCAUCCCCUAUGCUACCCUAGUCAAUCCCCCUCCCCCAUUGAUGCCCUUGUCAUUCACCCUUGAGCUUGCUGCCCCUAUUCAUUCUACCAUCCCCUAUGCUACCCUAGUCAACCCCCCUCCCCCAUUGAUGCCCUUGUCAUUCUCCCUUGAGCUUGCUGCCCCUAGUCAUUCUACCAUCCCCUAUGCUACCCUAGUCAAUCCCCCUCCCCCAUUGAUGCCCUUGUCAUGCUCCCUUGAGCUUGCUGCCCCUGGUCAUUCUACCAUCCCUUAUGCUACCCUAGUCAAUCCCCUUCCCCCAUUGAUGCCCUUGUCAUUCUCCCUUGAGCUUGCUGCCCCUAUUCAUUCUACCAUCCCCUAUGCUACCCUAGUCAAUCCCCCUCCCCCAUUGAUGCCCUUGUCAUUUUCCCCUCAGCUUGCGGCCCCUGGUCAUUCUACCAUCCCCUAUGCUACCCUAGUCAAUCCCCUUCCCCCAUUGAUGCCCUUGUCAUUCUCCCUUGAGCUUGCUGCCCCUAGUCAUUCUACCAUCCCCUAUGCUACCCUAGUCAAUCCCCCUCCCCCAUUGAUGCCCUUGUCAUUCUCCCUUGAGCUUGCUGCCCCUAUUCAUUCUUCCAUCCCCUAUGCUACCCUAGUCAAUCCCCCUCCCCCAUUGAUGCCCUUGUCAUUCUCCCUUGAGCUUGCUGCCCCUAGUCAUUCUACCAUCCCCUAUGCUACCCUAGUCAAUCCCCCUCCCCCAUUGAUGCCCUUGUCAUUCUCCCUUGAGCUUGCUGCCCCUGGUCAUUCUACCAUCCCCUAUGCUACCCUAGUCAAUCCCCCUCCCCCAUUGAUGCCCUUGUCAUUCUCCCUUGAGCUUGCUGCCCCUAUUCAUUCUACCAUCCCCUAUGCUACCCUAGUCAAUCCCCCUCCCCCAUUGAUGCCCUUGUCAUUUUCCCCUCAGCUUGCGGCCCCUGGUCAUUCUACCAUCGCCUAUGCUACCCUAGUCAAUCCCCUUCCCCCAUUGAUGCCCUUGUCAUUCUCCCUUGAGCUUGCUGCCCCUAGUCAUUCUACCAUCCCCUAUGCUACCCUAGUCAAUCCCCCUCCCCCAUUGAUGCCCUUGUCAUUCUCCCUUGAGCUUGCUGCCCCUAUUCAUUCUACCAUCCCCUAUGCUACCCUAGUCAAUCCCCCUCCCCCAUUGAUGCCCUUGUCAUUCUCCCUUGAGCUUGCUGCCCCUAGUCAUUCUACCAUCCCCUAUGCUACCCUAGUCAAUCCCCCUCCCCCAUUGAUGCCCUUGUCAUUCUCCCUUGAGCUUGCUGCCCCUGGUCAUUCUACCAUCCCCUAUGCUACCCUAGUCAAUCCCCCUCCCCCAUUGAUGCCCUUGUCAUUCACCCUUGAGCUUGCUGCCCCUAUUCAUUCUACCAUCCCCUAUGCUACCCUAGUCAAUCCCCCUCCCCCAUUGAUGCCCUUGUCAUUCACCCUUGAGCUUGCUGCCCCUAGUCAUUCUACCAUCCCCUAUGCUACCCUAGUCAAUCCCCCUCCCCCAUUGAUGCCCUUGUCAUGCUCCCUUGAGCUUGCUGCCCCUGGUCAUUCUACCAUCCCUUAUGCUACCCUAGUCAAUCCCCCUCCCCCAUUGAUGCCCUUGUCAUUCUCCCUUGAGCUUGCUGCCCCUAUUCAUUCUACCAUCCCCUAUGCUACCCCAGUCAAUCCCCCUCCCCCAUUGAUGCCCUUGUCAUUUUCCCCUCAGCUUGCGGCCCCUGGUCAUUCUACCAUCCCCUAUGCUACCCUAGUCAAUCCCCCUCCCCCAUUGAUGCCCUUGUCAUUCUCCCUUGAGCUUGCUGCCCCUAUUCAUUCUACCAUCCCCUAUGCUACCCUAGUCAAUCCCCCUCCCCCAUUGAUGCCCUUGUCAUUUUCCCCUCAGCUUGCGGCCCCUGGUCAUUCUACCAUCGCCUAUGCUACCCUAGUCAAUCCCCUUCCCCCAUUGAUGCCCUUGUCAUUCUCCCUUGAGCUUGCUGCCCCUAGUCAUUCUACCAUCCCCUAUGCUACCCUAGUCAAUCCCCCUCCCCCAUUGAUGCCCUUGUCAUUCUCCCUUGAGCUUGCUGCCCCUAUUCAUUCUACCAUCCCCUAUGCUACCCUAGUCAAUCCCCCUCCCCCAUUGAUGCCCUUGUCAUUCUCCCUUGAGCUUGCUGCCCCUAGUCAUUCUACCAUCCCCUAUGCUACCCUAGUCAAUCCCCCUCCCCCAUUGAUGCCCUUGUCAUUCUCCCUUGAGCUUGCUGCCCCUGGUCAUUCUACCAUCCCCUAUGCUACCCUAGUCAAUCCCCCUCCCCCAUUGAUGCCCUUGUCAUUCACCCUUGAGCUUGCUGCCCCUAUUCAUUCUACCAUCCCCUAUGCUACCCUUGUCAAUCCCCCUCCCCCAUUGAUGCCCUUGUCAUUCACCCUUGAGCUUGCUGCCCCUAGUCAUUCUACCAUCCCCUAUGCUACCCUAGUCAAUCCCCCUCCCCCAUUGAUGCCCUUGUCAUGCUCCCUUGAGCUUGCUGCCCCUGGUCAUUCUACCAUCCCUUAUGCUACCCUAGUCAAUCCCCCUCCCCCAUUGAUGCCCUUGUCAUUCUCCCUUGAGCUUGCUGCCCCUAUUCAUUCUACCAUCCCCUAUGCUACCCCAGUCAAUCCCCCUCCCCCAUUGAUGCCCUUGUCAUUUUCCCCUCAGCUUGCGGCCCCUGGUCAUUCUACCAUCCCCUAUGCUACCCUAGUCAAUCCCCUUCCCCCAUUGAUGCCCUUGUCAUUCUCCCUUGAGCUUGCUGCCCCUAGUCAUUCUACCAUCCCCUAUGCUACCCUAGUCAAUCCCCCUCCCCCAUUGAUGCCCUUGUCAUUCUCCCUUGAGCUUGCUGCCCCUAUUCAUUCUUCCAUCCCCUAUGCUACCCUAGUCAAUCCCCCUCCCCCAUUGAUGCCCUUGUCAUUCUCCCUUGAGCUUGCUGCCCCUAGUCAUUCUACCAUCCCCUAUACUACCCUAGUCAAUCCCCCUCCCCCAUUGAUGCCCUUGUCAUUCUCCCUUGAGCUUGCUGCCCCUGGUCAUUCUACCAUCCCCUAUGCUACCCUAGUCAAUCCCCCUCCCCCAUUGAUGCCCUUGUCAUUCUCCCUUGAGCUUGCUGCCCCUAUUCAUUCUACCAUCCCCUAUGCUACCCUAGUCAAUCCCCCUCCCCCAUUGAUGCCCUUGUCAUUUUCCCCUCAGCUUGCGGCCCCUGGUCAUUCUACCAUCCCCUAUGCUACCCUAUUCAAUCCCCUUCCCCCAUUGAUGCCCUUGUCAUUCUCCCUUGAGCUUGCUGCCCCUAGUCAUUCUACCAUCCCCUAUGCUACCCUAGUCAAUCCCCCUCCCCCAUUGAUGCCCUUGUCAUUCUCCCUUGAGCUUGCUGCCCCUAUUCAUUCUUCCAUCCCCUAUGCUACCCUAGUCAAUCCCCCUCCCCCAUUGAUGCCCUUGUCAUUCUCCCUUGAGCUUGCUGCCCCUGGUCAUUCUACCAUCCCCUAUGCUACCCUAGUCAAUCCCCCUCCCCCAUUGAUGCCCUUGUCAUUCACCCUUGAGCUUGCUGCCCCUAUUCAUUCUACCAUCCCCUAUGCUACCCUUGUCAAUCCCCCUCCCCCAUUGAUGCCCUUGUCAUUCACCCUUGAGCUUGCUGCCCCUAGUCAUUCUACCAUCCCCUAUGCUACCCUAGUCAAUCCCCCUCCCCCAUUGAUGCCCUUGUCAUGCUCCCUUGAGCUUGCUGCCCCUGGUCAUUCUACCAUCCCUUAUGCUACCCUAGUCAAUCCCCCUCCCCCAUUGAUGCCCUUGUCAUUCUCCCUUGAGCUUGCUGCCCCUAUUCAUUCUACCAUCCCCUAUGCUACCCCAGUCAAUCCCCCUCCCCCAUUGAUGCCCUUGUCAUUUUCCCCUCAGCUUGCGGCCCCUGGUCAUUCUACCAUCCCCUAUGCUACCCUAGUCAAUCCCCUUCCCCCAUUGAUGCCCUUGUCAUUCUCCCUUGAGCUUGCUGCCCCUAGUCAUUCUACCAUCCCCUAUGCUACCCUAGUCAAUCCCCCUCCCCCAUUGAUGCCCUUGUCAUUCUCCCUUGAGCUUGCUGCCCCUAUUCAUUCUUCCAUCCCCUAUGCUACCCUAGUCAAUCCCCCUCCCCCAUUGAUGCCCUUGUCAUUCUCCCUUGAGCUUGCUGCCCCUAGUCAUUCUACCAUCCCCUAUACUACCCUAGUCAAUCCCCCUCCCCCAUUGAUGCCCUUGUCAUUCUCCCUUGAGCUUGCUGCCCCUGGUCAUUCUACCAUCCCCUAUGCUACCCUAGUCAAUCCCCCUCCCCCAUUGAUGCCCUUGUCAUUCUCCCUUGAGCUUGCUGCCCCUAUUCAUUCUACCAUCCCCUAUGCUACCCUAGUCAAUCCCCCUCCCCCAUUGAUGCCCUUGUCAUUUUCCCCUCAGCUUGCGGCCCCUGGUCAUUCUACCAUCCCCUAUGCUACCCUAUUCAAUCCCCUUCCCCCAUUGAUGCCCUUGUCAUUCUCCCUUGAGCUUGCUGCCCCUAGUCAUUCUACCAUCCCCUAUGCUACCCUAGUCAAUCCCCCUCCCCCAUUGAUGCCCUUGUCAUUCUCCCUUGAGCUUGCUGCCCCCUCCGGUCUGUACACCUGCACCAUGAUCAGCAGCCAUAUCGUGCUCGGCUGCCACAGGGAUAUGACGUUGUGCGUGUAUCGCAGCUCGCUCAAUGAGUUGGAGGACAUAAUCAUUGAAGCGCUGCCUCGUUGA